CCUGUUCCACCUCGCAGGGUCCCGGCUGCCUCCUGGCUUCCUGCUGCCUGGCCCCUGGUGCUGUGCUGGGCAGAGGACAUGAGCUUAUUGCUGGCUGCGAGCUGAGGCAGAGCUACAAUGCUCCGCAGAGAAGUGGCUCUGGGAGUGGCCCUGGAGUGAGGAGCCAGGGUGAGGAGUAGCCAGGGUGUCCUGCCUGGCUGGGCUUCCCUGGCUGGCUGCCCUCCCUUCUGGUGUGUGCAUCCAGGUGACACCAUGCUGCAGCAGAUCCUGCAUGACAUGUACAUCGAUCCCGAGCUCCUCGCUGAGCUCAGUGAUGUGCAGAAACACAUCCUUUUCUACAAAAUGCGAGAGGAGCAGCUGAGGCGCUGGAGGGAGCGUGAGGUUUGGGAGGCCCUGGCCCAGGCAGAGGGCCUCAGGCCCCCGAAGGUCAAGCGAGCAAGUAACAAGCACAUCCAGUGGCUCCUGGGGGCAGAUGGUGAGGUCUGGGUCUGGAUCAUGGGAGAAGGCCCUGGUGACAAGCCCUAUGAAGAGAUCUCCGAGGAGCUGAUUGCCGAGAGGGCGCGCCUACAGGCACAGAGGGAGGCCGAGUUGCUCUGGAGACAGAAGGAGGCAGAGAUCACCAAGAAAUUCCGGGAGGCUCUGGCCAAUGAGAAAGCCCGGAUCCUGGCGGAGAAGUGGAAAGUGGAGAUGGAGGACCGCAAGGCGGCCAAAGUCCUGGAGGAGCGCAUUCAGGAGGAAUUCAAGAGGAAAGAGGAAGAGGAGAGGAAGCAAGGAGAAGAGCAGAUUCGCCUCCAGGAAGAGCAGAGAGCAAAGGAACUGUACUGGACCCUGAAGCAGGCCCAGCUGCAGAGCCAAGCCAGUGAGAAGGAGGAGCGCGAGUGGGAAGAACAGUUGCGUCGGUCCAAGGCGGCUGAUGAGGAGAGAAGCCGCCGAGCCCAGCACGCCCGGCACGAGUACCUGCGCCUUUUGCUGCGCCCCAUCCAGAAGGGCACGGUCGCUGGCCUCAGCUCCAUGUUCCAAGAGCUUGGCCAGAGCCAUGAGCAGGAAGCCAGACUCUACCACCACCUCCCAGGGCCAGGGCCGCCGCCACUCCACGGGGUGCCUGUCAGGACUUGGGAGCGCCCCCUGCGUCCUGUCUCCAGAGAAGUCAUAGUCCGCUGGUUUAAGGAGGAGCAGUUACCUCGCCGAGCUGGCUUCGAGAGGAACACCAAGUCCAUUGCCCCCUGGUUCCAUGGAAUUAUUAGCCGAGAAGAUGCAGAAGACCUCCUUGAGAACAUGACCGAGGGAGCAUUUCUAGUCCGGGUCAGUGAGAAAAUCUGGGGUUAUACCCUCUCUUACCGUCUGCAGAAAGGGUUCAAGCACUUUCUUGUGGAUGCCUCCGGAGAUUUUUACAGCUUCCUGGGAGUGGACCCCAAUCGCCAUGCAACACUCACCGAUCUCAUUGAUUUCCACAAGGAGGAAAUUAUCACUGUUUCAGGGGGAGAGUUGCUGCAGACACCCUGUGGACAGAGAGACAGCCCGCCAGACUACCAUUUGUUGUUUGAAUGACUUUUAUUUCCUUAUCGAUUGAACUCCUUUGGGCAUCCCUU